GAGCGCGAGAGAGAGCGCGAGAGAGCGCAGAGAGAGAGAAAGCGCAGAGAGAGAGAGCGCAGAGAGAGAGAACGCAGAGAGAGAGAACGCAGAGAGAGAGAACGCAGAGAGAGAGAGAGAACGCAGAGAGAGAGAGAACACGGAGAGAGAGAGAACACAGAGAGAGAGAGAACGCAGAGAGAGAGAGAGAGAACACACAGAGAGAGAGAGAGAGAGAGAGAGAGAGAGAAAGAGAACGCAGAGAGAGAGAGAACGCAGAGAGAGAGAGAGAACGCAGGGGGAGAGAGAGAACGCAGGGGUAGAGAGAGAGGGGGGAGAGAGAGAGAGGGGGGAGAGAGAGAGAGAGAACGCAGAGAGAGAGAGAGAGCAGAGAGCGUAGAGAGAGAGCGCAGAGAGAGAGAGAGAAGAGAGAGAAAGCGCAGAGAGAGAGAGCGCAGAGAGAGAGAACGCAGAGAGAGAGAACGCAGAGAGAGAGAGAGAACGCAGAGAGAGAGAGAACACAGAGAGAGAGAGAACACAGAGAGAGAGAGAACGCAGAGAGAGAGAGAGAGAACACACAGAGAGAGAGAGAGAGAGAGAGAGAGAGAGAGAGAGAGAGAAAGAGAACGCAGAGAGAGAGAGAACGCAGAGAGAGAGAGAGAACGCAGAGAGAGAGAGAACGCAGAGAGAGAGAGAGAACGCAGAGAGAGAGAGAGAACGCAGAGAGAGAGAGAGAGAGAGAACGCAGAGAGAGAGAGAGAACGCAGAGAGAGAGAGAACGCAGAGAGAGAGAGAGAGAGAGAACGCAGAGAGAGAGAGAGAGAACGCAGAGAGAGAGAACGCAGAGAGAGAGAGAGAACGCAGAGAGAGAGAGAGAACGCAGAGAGAGAGAGAGCGCAGAGAGAGAGAGCGCAGAGAGAGAGAGAGAGCACAGAGAGAGAGAGAACGCAGAGAGAGAACGCAGAGAGAGAGAGAACACAGAGAGAGAGAGAGAACGCAGAGAGAGAACGCAGAGAAAGAGAGAGAGAGAGAGAACGCAGAGAGAGAGAGAGAACGCAGAGAGAGAGAACGCAGAGAGAGAGAGAGAGAACGCAGAGAGAGAGAGAACGCAGAGAGAGAGAGAACGCAGAGAGAGAGAGAACGCAGAGAGAGAGAGAGAACGCAGAGAGAGAGAGAGAACGCAGAGAGAGAGAGAAAGCAGAGAGAGAGAGAGAACGCAGAGAGAGAGAGAACGCAGAGAGAGAGAGAACGCAGAGAGAGAGAGAGAGAACGCAGAGAGAGAGAGAGAACGCAGAGAGAGAGAGAGAACGCAGAGAGAGAGAGAGAACGCAGAGAGAGAGAGAGAACGCAGAGAGAGAGAGAGAGAACGCAGAGAGAGAAAGCGCAGAGAGAGAAGAGAGCACAGAGAGAGAGAGAGAACGCAGAGAGAGAGAGAGAGCACAGAGAGAGAGAGAACGCAGAGAGAGAGAACGCAGAGAGAGAGAGAACGCAGAGAGAGAGAGAGAACGCAGAGAGAGAGAGAGAACGCAGAGAGAGAGAGAGAACGCAGAGAGAGAGAGAGAGAGAGAGAACGCAGAGAGAGAGAGAGAGAGAACGCAGAGAGAGAGAAACCAUCAAACCACAAGAACAGGCAACAAAAUCCUGAAAUUGUCUUAA